AUGGAGGCGGCAGGCUUGAUGUUAGACUUUCCUUGCAUUGUUAUCCGUGGCAUCUGUGAUUACUCUGAUUCGCAUAAGAACAAGCAGUGGCAAGGCUACGCUGCCCUAGCGGCAGCUUCUUAUGGCAAGGAGUUGCUGGAAUAUGUGCCCCGGGGUCAAGUCUUGCAAGAGAACCUUGCAGUAGACGACAAUGAUGAGCAGAACAAUCUUGCUACGGCAUUAUGUGCCAUACUUCACCAGCUCUUUAGCCAGCAGCCGAAUCUCCUACAGCAUGCGUUGCCAUCGUGGGAAAGGAACGGGAAUAAGCUCCAGCGAGAGGCUGGUGAACUUUGGCGCAUCUUUAUAGCAGCAACAUCAGAUCCCGCAUCGGCCAAUACUAUUUGUAUGCUCGAUGUGCUUGAUGAAUGUCACCCGAAUGAUCAAAAACAAUUCAUCCAGAGACUGGAGGACUUUUACCGUCGAACUGAUUCAUCGACCCUUGCACCGUGGUUGAAGUUUCUGAUUACCAGUCGUCCCUAUGAUGAGAUCAAGGACAGAUUCAAAGCUAUCACAGAUUUCUUCCCACAUAUUCAUCUCAAAGGGGAGGAAGAAAACGAUCAAAUCCGUGAAGAGAUCAAUUGGGUUAUAAGGGUUAGAGUGAAGGAGCUAGCUGAAACGGCAUCACUAUCAUCUGAUGUACAACAGCAAUUAGAGCGCCAACUUCUUCAAAUGGAACACCGCACAUAUCUCUGGUUACAUCUGGCUAUCGAUGAUAUCCGUACUACAUUUCAGAAUAGUUUCUGGCCGGCUGAGGAACAAAUUCGACUGAUACCUUCAUCAGUGGACGCGGCAUAUGAGAAGAUCCUUGGUCGAGUUCCGUCCAACCAAGUCCACACAGUGAAGAAGAUCCUUCAGAUUAUUGUUGGUGCACGGCGUCCCUUGACAACACAAGAGAUGGCUAUGGCAUUGGGUAUAGCUUUAUCGCCGAAGUCGCAAAUCGCGGCAGAGGCUGGAAUCAAUCCAGCAAGAUUAGCGAAGAGGAUACGACAACUGUGCGGUCUAUUUGUCUUUAUCAACAAUUCAAAAAUCUACCUUAUCCAUCAGACAGCCAGGGAGUUCCUUAUCAACAGGGAUUCUGCCAGCAAUCCCAGUUCCAUCUAUGCUUUCCAGCAAACAGAUGCUGAGAAGCUGAUGUCUCAGAUCUGCAUACAAUACUUGUUGAUGGAUGAUCUGGAACAAAGUAAAAGACAAACAGAUACAGACAAUCAAAGUCUUCUGGAAUAUUCCGCGGUGCAUUGGCCAGACCAUGUACGAAACGUAUCCCUGCCGCAGCAACAGGAAAUUGAAGAUCUGUUACAUCACAUUUAUGACACAGCCAAAGGCCAUUUUGCAGUUUGGUUUCCAAUAUUUUGGCGCACUACAGAUAUGUUAUACAAGGCGCCACAUAUGGAUCCAAUCCAUCUGACAGCUUUCAACGGCCAUACGCAUAUAGUCCGGAAAUUGCUCUUUGGGAAUGAAAAGAAUAUUAAUAAGAGAGAUAAUAUGGGAUCAAAUGCGUUGAUGUGGGCCUCACAGAAUGGAUACAAAGAGGUUACUGAACUGCUGCUGGAACAUGGAGCUGAUGUCAACGCCCAAGGUGGAUGGUAUGGGAAUGCACUGCAGGCUGCCUCAUUUCACGGACAUGGGAAGAUUGUACAGAUGCUAUUGAAACACGGAGCUAAUGUCAAUGCCAAGAGUGGAAUGUAUGACAAUGCACUAUAUGCUGCCUCAUUGGAAGGGCAUGCCAAGAUUGUACAGGUGCUAUUGGAAUGUGGAGCUGAUGUUAACUCCCAGAGGGGAGGGUAUGACAAUGCAUUGCGGGUCGCUUCAUUUCACGGACAUGAGAAGAUUAUACAGAUGCUAUUGGAACAUGGAGCUGAUGUCAACGCCCAGGCUGGUUUUGGCAAUGCACUGCAGGCUGCCUCAUUUCAAGGACACGAGAAGAUUGUACAGAUGCUAUUAGAAUGGGGAGCUAAUGCUAACACCCAGGGUGGAAUACUUGGCAAUGCACUGCAGGCUGCCUCAUCCAGAGGACAGGACAAGAUUGUACAGAUGCUAUUCGAACACAGAGCCAAUGUGAACGCCCAGGAUGAAGAGUAUGGCAAUGCACUGCAGGCUGCCUCAGGUAAAGGAUGGAUGCGUCAAUAUUGUACAGGUGCUAUUGGAACACGGAGUUGA